GCGCCGACACAGUUUGCAUGUGUGAGUGUCGGCCAGCGCGACCGCAGGUUUUGAAUAAACAGUUAUGCACGAAGCCGUGUUUCAUUCGUACACAUCUCAGUGGCGACGAGUAUUUUAUAAUCAACCCACAUUAAGCGCAAAAAAUGGCAGGAGUUAUUGGAAAUCUCACAAUGUUUGAACCAAAUGCUCAAAACUGGGAGUUGUUUGGGAGCAAAUUGAAACAGUUUUUAGCACUUAAUAAAAUAGAAGCGAGUGAAGAAAAAAGGGCCGUGUUAAUAACCCACCUAUCGGAUGACGCGUAUAGAUUGCUGAUCAACUUGGUGCAUCCGGGUAACGUAGAAGAAACCGAAUACGAUGUGUUAAUUAAAACUUUUAAUAAGCAUUUCUUGCCGCGACGAUCUACGUUUGCCGAUAAAGAUAGGUUUUAUAGUGCCACGCAAAUGGCGGGAGAAGCACUAGAAGACUUUGCAGCCCGAUUGAGGGGACUAUCAGUGUACUGCAACUUCGGGGAGGCGUUGGAUGUGCUGCUUCGUGACCGUUUUGUACUCGGGUUGGCGUUGGGACCGGAACGGGAUCGCCUUUUCGAAAAAGACGCGAGUAAUUUGACGUUUGCGAAUGCAUUGGAGUUGGCACAAAAGGUGUCGUGUGCACGCAAGUCCAAGGCGGCGACUGCAACGGGGACGAGCCAAGAAGGCGCAGAAGUUGGUAUAAAAGAGGAGCCUUUGUACCACGGGAACAUCAGCAAGUGGCGUAGCCGCGCUCCACGCACCAGACGAGACGUAGCUGUCACCGAGCCGGAGGAUGACGCGCGUCCUAAAUGCAAAUCGUGUGGGCUACGUAAUCACCUUUCAGAAAAGUGUUUUUUUCGUUUUCACAAGUGUAAACGGUGUUUGGAAAUAGGCCACAUUUCUAAGGCCUGUGCUGUUAAAAAAGGUCAAAAGGUUAAUAAUAUGCAUAUAGAAUCAAUGCCGGAAGAAAAUGUAUCGGACGGCUGUAACGGGUCGUGCGAAGAAUGUCAGGUAUUCAGUUUAAGGUUCCCAAACUAGAGGGGGAAGAGUUGUGAUGUAUGCGCCGACACAGUUUGCAUGUGUGAGUGUCGGCCAGCGCGACCGCAGGUUUUGAAUAAACAGUUAUGCACGAA